AUGGGCCGCUACGAGUACGCCAUAGAACAUUAUCGACAGUCUCUGCAGCACGAUGAUGCGCUCGCUAUGCCGAUUGCCGCUGUGGACGCACUGGCGGAAGUCAUAUCUCGUUCACAAGCGACGACGAUGCAAGGACUCAUUGGCGAGCUACAGGAGGCAGCUAGCGAGCUGAGGGAGGCCUCAAGCUCGCCCGUCUCCCUCUCUGCAGGUACUGCGCUCUUGCUGCGAUUCGUGCUCCUUCAGCGGCCCGCACUGUCGAUCAGCUUUGACGAAUAUCGUCAAACACUCGUAAUGAAAGCGCGAGAGUUUGUAGCAGGCAGCAAGACGUUUGUGGACAAGAUCGCUCUGCUAGCUUCCGAAUGGAUAGUAGACGGUAGCGUCAUCAUGACUCACAGCUACUCAAGAGUGGUCAUGGCGACCCUGCUCUCCGCGCAAAGAGCGCGGAAACGGUUCGCAGUCUUUGUGACGGAAGCCAGACCGCUAGGCGCAGGCAUGAAGACUCAUGCGCUCUUGGCCCAAGCAAAGAUACCCUGUACUGUUCUGCUCGAUUCUGCCGUGGCAUACGCUAUGCCGAAAGUCGACCUCGUACUGCUGGGCGCCGAAGCUGUCUGCAACAACGGAGGUUUAUUGAACGCAAUCGGCGGCCUUCAGAUGGCGCUGGCUGCAAAAGCGAAUGAUAAAUCUGUCAUCGCUCUCGCUGAGUCGUACAAACUAGCGCGGCUCUUCCCACUGUCUCAAUUUGACUUUCCCACCCCUUUCCCGCUGCUGGAGAUGCCCUACGUAGACGACGAGACGGCCGAGUCUAAUUUGAAGAAAGUGGAAAUACCCGAGACGCCUAGCAGAGCGCUUCUCAGCGAUCCUUUGCCAGCGCCACUGACGAUGACGGAAUCCCAGAUCAUGAACAAUCCGCUGCUCGACUACUGCGAUCCUAGCCUGCUGCAGCUCAUCAUAUCUGAUCUCGGCGUCUCCACACCGUCUGGCGUAGCAGAUACGCUACACUCGAUGUUUGCGGAAGGAAUCUGA